GGGAAAGGGGGAGGGGUGGCGGUAGCUGCCUGAGCGAGAAACAGCUACAGUAGAACUUCAACUGCAUCAAAGGUCAGCCUGCCACCCGACUCGGGGACAACUCCAAGAAAACAGGCCCGGGAGGUGCAAAGAAGAGGCACCAGCGCCUGGCUGGGGAGGUGCCAGCUCCCCCAAGGCCCGAAGUCGGCAGCCAGGGCAGGAAGAGCUCCCCGGGCAGUAGCCAUGGCCCGGCCACCUCCCUGCUGGCUGUGGGUUCUGGGGCCCCUGGCAGUGCUCUCAGCGACCCCAGCCUCCAAGAGGUGUCCGGAAAAGCAUUACCUGGCUCAGGGAGAACGGUGCUGCCAGAUGUGCGAGCCAGGAACGUUCCUGGUGAAGGAAUGUGACCAGCAUGAAAAGGCUACUCAAUGCGAUCCGUGUACACCGGGGGUCUCCUUCUCACCAGACCACCAUACCCGGCCCCACUGUGAGAGCUGCCGGCACUGUAACUCUGGUCUUCUCAUUCGAAACUGCUCCCUCACCGCCAACUCGGAGUGUGCCUGCCCCGAGGGCUGGCAGUGCAGGGACAAGGAGUGUACAGAGUGUGUUGGUCCAGCCCAGGCCCCAGGCCCACACCCACAACCCUCCCACUCACCUUAUGCUGAAGAGAUACCAGAGGCCAGGACAGGCCAGCAUAUGCGGACUCUGGCUGAUUCCAGGUGGCUGCCUGCCCCAACUCUCUCUACCCACUGGUCACCCCAAAGGUCCCUGUGCAGCAUGGAUUGCAUCCGCAUCUUUGUGCUCCUCUCUGGAAUGUUUCUUGCUUUCACCAUAGUUGGAGCCCUGUUUCUCCAUCAACAAAGAAAAUAUAGAUUAAACACGAGAGAAGGUCCAGUGGCGCCUGCAGAGCCUUGUCCUUACAGCUGCCCCAGGGAGGAAGAGGGCAGUGCCAUCCCCAUUCAGGAGGAUUACCGAAAACCAGAGCCCGCUUCCUACCCCUGAGCCAGCGCUCGGCGGAGGGGGGCCGUCACUGCAGUCAAGUCCUAGCCUCCAUCUCAACCCACCCGCCAUCCAGGGGGAUCGAGAGCCGGCACCUCCAAUUUCAGCACUACCCUCUCAUCGGGACCCUUUCGUGUGUGCCGACUUGGGAAACUGUCCUGUGUGCCUAUUCGAGACUGGCAGUGGCGAGGACCCAGGGGAACGAGGUGGGGGGCGGGAAGCGGGAGCCCGAGUGUGUCAGCUGCACCCCUGUGCUGCAAGAGGGCUAGGGCUCCAGGUGGAAGACAUACUUCCGCCUACGGUAGGCCCACGUGGUGUACCGCUGACCUAGAAACUCGGCGAAAUAAAGAGGCGCCUGCA